CCUCAGGAGAGGAGUGUGCGGCUCCGCAGAUGGUACGAGCUGAUGAUGGAGAACAAGGAGGAGCUGGCGAGGAUCAUAACGGCCGAGAACGGGAAGCCUCUGAAAGAAGCACAGGGUGAAAUCCUGUAUUCUGCCUCAUUUCUGGAGUGGUUUGCGGAAGAAGCUCGCAGGGUUUAUGGUGAUGUCAUUCCAGCAUCUGCAAAAGACAGAAGAAUCCUGGUGCUGAAGCAGCCAGUAGGAGUGGCAGCCAUUAUAACUCCCUGGAACUUCCCCAGUGCUAUGAUUACCCGGAAGGUUGGUGCAGCUCUGGCAGCUGGCUGUACAGUGGUAGUGAAACCUGCAGAGGACACACCUUUGUCAGCGUUGGCUCUUGGGGAGCUUGCAAACCAGGCUGGAAUUCCAGCGGGAGUGUAUAAUGUUGUUCCUUGUUCCAGACAACAGACAUCAGCUGUAGGGGAGGUUCUGUGCACUGAUCCCUUGGUAGCCAAAAUAUCUUUUACUGGCUCUACAGCAACAGGAAAGAUAUUGCUGAAACAUGCAGCUGGCACUGUGAAGCGAGUUUCCAUGGAGCUUGGGGGACAUGCUCCUUUUAUAGUGUUUGACAGCGCCAACAUCGACCGUGCUGUUGCAGGAGCCCUUGCUUCUAAGUACAGAAACUCAGGGCAGACUUGUGUUUGCACAAACCGUUUUCUGGUGCAAAAGGGAAUCCAUGACAAAUUUGUGGAAAAGUUUGCUAAAGCUAUAGAGAGAGAACUACACGUCGGAAGUGGAUUUGAUGCAAAAACAACCCAAGGGCCGCUAAUUAAUGAAAAGGCAGUGGAGAAGGUAGAGAGACACAUUAAUGAUGCAGUUUCGCAAGGAGCAUCUAUUGUGACUGGAGGGAAACGACACAGCUUGGGGAAGAAUUUCUUUGAGCCAACAUUACUUAGUAAUGUUACAACAAAAAUGCUUUGCACCCAAGAGGAGACAUUUGGCCCUUUAGCACCAGUUAUCAAAUUUAAGACUGAAGCAGAAGCCAUUGCUAUAGCAAAUGCAAGUAAUGUGGGUUUAGCAGGAUAUUUCUACUCCCAAGAUCCAGCUCAGAUCUGGAGAGUUGCAGAACAGCUGGAAGUUGGAAUGGUUGGUGUUAAUGAAGGCAUAGUCUCCUCAGUGGAGAGUCCUUUUGGUGGGGUAAAACAGUCUGGCUUAGGGCGAGAAGGUUCAAAAUAUGGCAUUGAUGAGUACUUAGAAAUAAAAUAUGUCUGCUUGGGAGGCUUAUAAAAAUCCUCCAGAAGUACAAUCUCAACAGCUUGGAAAAGAGUGCAGUAGUUUUAAUAGGCUUUUUGAACCAGAAA